AUGCUGAAGAAGCUCCAGCUCCUGGAUUUGUACCUGGAAAACAAGCAAGACGGUGAUUUUCUGGUUGCGGCGCUGUCAUACACCCCAGAGGCUGAGCAGGCCCAGUACCUUCUGGGCCUGAAGCACAGUAACCAGAAUGUCUACAUACGGAUACACAGAAAAAAGGACCGGUACAAUAUAGACGGGGACACAGGACACUUUGACGGGGCGCAGGCUCUCUUGGCCCAUUUUGAAGGCAGCGAUGUUCUACAGGAUGAGGGCAGACCUUCGCGAUUGGUGCGGCCCAUCAGUUGCUUUGAAGCCGAUAGCGCAGGUUAUAUCCUGCUGUAGGGAAGUCAGAAGUCGAUC